AUGGCCCCAGCUUAUCACGUAUGCAGUGGCCCCAGAGAAAUGGCUCUGCAUUGUAUGUGUGUGGGAUGGUUGUGGACAGGUGUGGUGUUUGUGACAAGUAUUCUCUUGGAUAUGUGUGCUAUUGGCGCUUUCAUCAUUGGCAUGGUAAAUGGCUCUAUGUGGCCGGUCCUGGGCAUCGGCUAUUUUGUGACCGCCUUCGGUGGGCUCUUCGCAGUAUUCAUGGUCUUCCGCCAACUUGUUUAUUAUCGGUGUUGGCACUCCUCGGUUUUAUUUCUCGCGCUGAGUGUUGGCACUAUUGUUUUCAUUACGAGUGUUGGCGCUAGUAUGUUUGUGGUGGAUCAUUGA